GGGCGGCCCUUGCCUUCCCCUCCCCCCUCAUGCGCGGCCCGGGCCGGGGUCGCGCCCCCCCCCAGCAGCGCCAUGGCCAGGAAAACAGUUAGCAGGAAGAGGAGGGCGGCCGCCCCCGCCGCGGGGGAGCAGUAUGGUUGGGAUCACUCAGUCCACAAAAGGAAGCGGCUCCCCCCGGUUAAAAGGUCCCUGGUGUGCUACCUGAAAGGAAGAGAGGUGCGGCUGCAGAAUGAGUCCAGCUACCACCGGCUCCUGCACGGCUACGCAGCCCAGCAGCUGCCCAGCCUCCUGAAGGAACGGGAAUUCCACCUCGGGACCCUGAAUAAAGUGUUCGCUUCUCAGUGGCUGAAUCACCGGCAAGUGGUGUGCGGGACAAAAUGCAACACAUUGUUCGUGGUGGAUGUUCAGACCGGUCAAAUCACGAAAAUCCCCAUUCUGAAGGAUCGGGAGCCGGACAUGGUAAAUCAUCAGGGCUGCGGGAUUCACGCCAUCGAACUGAAUCCUUCGAGGACCCUCCUGGCUACUGGAGGCGACAACCCCAACAGCCUUGCGAUUUAUCGACUGCCUACGCUUGAUCCGGUGUGCGUGGGAGAUGAUGGACACAAGGAUUGGAUAUUUUCCAUUGCGUGGAUCAGUGACACCAUGGCAGUUUCUGGUUCCCGGGAUGGCUCGAUGGGGCUGUGGGAAGUGACGGACGAAGUCCUGGCCAAGAGCGACGCGAGACGCAACUUGUCCCGAGUUCCGGUCUACGCUCACAUCACACACAAGGCCCUGAAGGACAUCCCCAAGGAGAAUACCAAUCCAGACAACUGCAAGGUCCGCGCUCUUGCCUUCAACAACAGGAACAAGGAGCUGGGAGCCGUGUCCCUAGAUGGGUACUUCCACCUCUGGAAAGCUGAAUGCACGCUGUCAAAGUUGCUCUCAACAAAACUGCCCUACUGUCGAGAGAACGUGUGUCUGGCUUACGGACAGGAGUGGUCUGUGUACGCCGUCGGGUCCCAGGCUCACGUGUCGUUUCUGGACCCCCGGCAGCCUUCCCACAACGUCAAAUCGGUCUGUUCCAGGGAGCGAGGCAGCGGGAUCCGCUCGGUGAGCUUCUACGAACACAUCAUCACGGUGGGGACGGGGCAGGGGUCGCUGCUGUUCUACGAUAUCCGAGCCCAGAGGUUCCUGGACGAGAAGCCGCCGCAGAGCUGCUGCGGAUCGAAGACGGGAGGAAGCGAGAUCCUCAAGCUGUCCACCGGCAAAGGCUGGCUGAAUCAUGACGAAACCUGGCGGAAUUACUUCUCAGACAUCAGCUUCUUCCCAAACGCCGUUUACACCCACUGCUACGACUCGUCCGGCACGAAACUCUUUGUGGCGGGAGGUCCCCUUCCGUCUGGACUCCACGGGAAUUACGCCGGCCUCUGGAGCUAAUAGCCGUUUCUGAACCCGGAUCUCUAGCGCAACUUUUUUUUUUCUCUCUGAAUCCCCUCCUCCUGCAACCCCACAUUUUCUUUGCUUUCCCCCUCCUGAAAACAAAAACAAAUGAAUUGUGUGAUAACAUUGUUCUCUUCUGGUUUCGACGCAACUUGGGUUAACUUAUCUUUUCCUUUUUUGGGGAGGGGGGGGCGCCACUACGAGGGGGAGCAUUAUCUUCUACCGGUCUCCCCCCAAAGUUUUGUAUAUUUUUGGAACAAAUUUUUAAUUUUUUUGUUUAAUCUCCUUCGAUCUUUAUAUGGCCGGGUUUUGGCCGCCGCCGCUCUCCCUCGUCCCUCUAAUUGCGUUUCCCCCCCCCCAAACGGCUGAGUCUUCGCCCCGGGCUCGGGCUGACCGACCCGAUGUGUGUCCUCCUUCCGCCCCCCCCACCCCUUACUUCACUGUGAGGUAGGAAUCCUCCAUUAGAUCGGCUGCUGCCAAGCUUUCUGUGAAAGCCCGGGGGCUAGCGUGUGCGUGUGCGGGUGUGUGUGCGUGCACAGGUGAUUAUGUACAUACGUGCAGGUAACUUUGUCAAUCACAUUACCUGGAUUAAAAACUGACUUGUAAUUAAAAGGAGAUAAAAAAAAUUUUUUAACAAAAAAUAUUUAUAUAGUGAGAUGCCACUGCUUCGUCCACAGCGCUCAGCCUCCCCCCCUCCCCCUGCGCCACGUCAUCCUUUUAAAAGUACAAGUUUAAUGACGCUCCUCGUUGCAUCAUUGACGCGACGAUGUCGCCUGUAGGCGGGGCCUGCCUCGCCUUUCCAUUUGCCCUUCUCCUCCCGGUCUGCCCUCUUUUCCCCUCCCCCUUCCUCCAAACCCUCACUGGAAGUAGGGGACUCCGCCGUGAGAUAAGUAUCGCCCGAGAACGCUUUGUGUAGGAGAGAUGGGGUACCAAAAGGCACAGGGAGGGACGGGUGCGGGGAAUUGUGGGGUGGAGCGGGGAGGUCAGUGCAUGCACAGCUGGAGCAGAGCUAGUGGGCUGGAUACAGCCAAUGAGAAUCCUGCCCUCUCCCCAGAGCCGGGAAGGUUGCCCACACGGCUUUACUCAACCAUCCAUGGACGAUGGAGUAACUGUCCCACAGCAGCCUACUUCCUUGCGUUGGCCGAAGGCUCAUUGCGCCAGAGGAAAGAGCUGCCGUUAGUGAAAUGCAUCUCCAGGGUCCAACCCGCUUUCCUGCAAACUGACUAAAUCAUCCAACGGUGAUGAGCGUCCCUGUAGGACCCUUCCCCCCAGUUGGGAAUACGUUUCAGGCAUUCACGCAUUAAAGAUCACGCCUAUAACUUCUCACAGGUACACCUUAACGUCGUAAGGAGUGAAAUAGUUCUACGUUUUCCAGACAGGGAAGCAGUCCAGAGGAAACGUGCCUAUAAAAUCUGAAAAGCCAAGCGCUCCCUCUGCAGAAAGCCGGUUCCUUCGGUAACAGGGUGUCUCUCUUCCUACGUGGGUGCUGAAUCUUAAAAGCUUCUUUAAACUUGUCCUUUUAAGACAACCGGCCCAUGCAUCCGGCUUCAGUCUUGCCAAUAGCCUCCUGCAGUCUCAGGGUUACACAACACCACCACGACAAUUUUCUUUCAUCCAAAUAGCACACAGGACCAAUCAGAGGUUAACGUGCCUUUCUCCGUUGGUACCUUGAUCUUUGUCAAAGCUGCCUGCCGCAGGAUUUGCCGUUUAUCACUGUCUUUGAACUGGAUUAUUCGUUUUUGUCUUUUUUUCUAAAAAAGAGCGAGUGAGAGAGAGAGAGACGUUCUGAAACUGCAACCCACCUGUUCAUUGAACUGUAACUUUUUUUCCCCCCCCAUUUGAUGUUCAGGAGUGUGGUGUAUAAAAUCGAAAUAUGUGGA